AUGGCGUCUGACCCUCUUUUCGGUUGGGAUUUAACUUUUAAAACGGUCGAAAAAGAUGUAAAAUCUAAAGCGGAUAUCGUUAUUGCAUUUCUACAUUGGAAUUUAACAAAAAGAGGCUUCCGUAGCAUUGGCGUUGGAGAUGAGCGCACCCUUUCUGGAGAUGAAGUAAAGAGUGAAGUACUACCAACUGGAUGGAACGACAAUGAAAAUUAUACUCUGCGAUAUAUUUUAACUGACAAGUUAUAUAUAUUACAUGGCUUAAAUACUGAUGGAAAUCUUCUUGUUAACCUUAUGAGGUCAGAAGACUUAGCAGUUUCCAAUGUUUGCGUUAAAAUAGAUGAUACUGUGAAGGAAAUGUCUGGGUCUGUAGACAAAAUGCUGCCAGGACACAAAGACCUUAUGUACAACAUCAAGAGAGACUUAAUAGACACACUUACAGAUAGGCCUACAACAUCAGCACACACACAAACCGGAGAUGGUUCCAGCAACAGAAGACAAAGUGAUGACCCUCUGAGAGUGCCUCCCAGACCGCUCCCGGGUGCAACACCCAAUACUCCAGAUCUAUGGGAGUUGCCACCAGCAAAUUUACCAAAUAUUGGACGUUCUGAUUUGGAUCCAUUUGCACCUGGUGGUGGUGGAAUGAUUUUUAACCCUUUCGGACCACGCAGAGAUAUUGAAAAUCCAGGACUUGGGAUUCCCGGUGGUUUGCCUAGAGGAUCUGUUCCCCCUGGUGCGCGAUUCGAUCCCUUCGGACCGCCUGGAGUUGGACCCCGUCCUGGACGAAGACCACCUCCUCCUGAUGCAGACCACUUUCCACCACCUGACUUCAACGACAAUAUGUUUUUGUAG